UCAUAAAACACGAUAAUUUUGAAUAAAAAGGACCCAGGAAUCAUUGUUUUCAAAAGCAUUUUUCCCUAGCUGUACUAUUUGUAAUUUACCGAACAAAAUGUGGACUAUUGUGAUACUUGCAAUUGUUGUUGGCUGUAACGGACAAACCCAACCAGACCCGGACCUUGCGGAAACAUGGUUCUUUUUCGUAGAUCUCAACGCUGACAAUAUAGCAGAGCCACACGAGCUGGAGAGUUUCUACUUCAGAUACGACGCAAAUAGAGAUGGCUUUAUUACGGUCGACGAGUUUGUAAACCAUACCCUAAAUUGGCCUGAUGAUUUCAAUGUCUCCAAGGCAGAAGGUCCUGCCUAUUUUAAAUUGCAAGACAUGGAUGGAAACAACCAGAUUGACCCUGAUGACGUAGUACUCUGGCUAGAAGACGUGAACCAAGAUGAUGGGGAUGAUGUCAUUGGUUUCGAAUUCAAAUGGGGAGCAAGAAGAAUAUUCCGUGCAGUGCGAUUAACGAUGAUUCUUAUCCAGUAUGAUACCGAUGGAAUGGAUUCACUAAGCACAGCUGAAUUUGAUGCAUUCUUCAAUGACUUAGACACAAACAAUGACACACAAGUAGACCUGUCCGAGUUUACCACAUUUUGGACCAACUGGCAGGGAGGAGAUGCCGAUGAUGCAGCGCUCAUUCACAGGAAAAUGGAUUGGAACGAAGAUGGUGUGUGGGAUCAAGCAAAUGAUGUCACCAAUGGCCUUUAUGGAAGAAUUGAUAAAGAUCCUGAGGACACCAUCCUGCAACUUCACGAGUGGCUUUGGAUUGACCAUUUUGUAAACUAUGAUGUGCGUUGUGACGUACCUUUGUCCAACAUCAUUCCUUAGUUUGGCACUUUUAUUGUAACAAAUAUUUCAUCAUCAAUAAACGAUAUAAGAUUAGAUUGAA